UUGGAGCAAGGCCAAAAAUCCACUCUUUGUCCAUCAGCACAGUCGUCCCCGGUCAUAUUGGCUACAAGCAGUUAACUCCGUUUAGGCACUUGCAAGUUCGGUCGGCUCGGCUGGAUCCUGGGCCGACUUUACGCUAUGUGCAGGUCGCGGGCAUCCGUGCCUCCGGGUAUCGGCUGGCUCAAGGCCAUAGUAGCCGUACCCACGGAAACGGCCCCGGAACCAAACCCGCCAGAUUAGGUCUCCUGACGCUUUUGAGCCUCUUAUUCUCAAGGCUGCAAAUCUGUCAAAAAAAUCAGGAAAGAUGUUUCGUGCUGCCUUCAAAACCGCGCUUGUGUUGUUUCUAGCUUCCUCAUACAAGACGCUUCCUCUAGCGUGGUGCAUCCGUUUCUAUCUGUACAUUUUCAAGCAUCUUGUCUUGAAGAAAGCACAAUACAUCCGCACAAAGAAGAAUACGUAUGGAUUCGGCGAGCGGAAACUCGAUGUGUUCCGUGGCGUGGAAUACCACACCUACGCGUCGCCAUUGGAAAUCGACCUGUACUUGCAUAAAUCGAACUCCACGUACUUGGCCGACUUGGACAUUGCCAGAACCCAUUUUGUAUGCCAGGUGUUUCAGACGCUUUUCCUAAAGUACUGGCAAAACGAGACGGGCGAGUUCCGCGGCAAGUCGCUCCAGAACUGUCCGUACGUGCCGAUCGGCACGAUCCAAUGUGCCUUCAAAAGAGAAAUCAAGAUGUUUCAACGGUACCUGAUAGUGUCCAGCGUAUUUGCUUGGGACCACAAAUGGCUCUACGUGCUUCUGAAAUUCCAGUUCUCGGACGGCAAGCUUGCAGCCGUGGCAAUCACAAAGUACGUGUUUAAAAAGAAGGGCCGGAUCACCAUGAAGCCGCGUGACUUCUUGGCCGAGUCCGGCCUUUAUAACAGCGACGUGGAGCUGAUCAAUGCCGAAAACUACAAGUUGGUCUCCUCACUCGAGACUUCCGAAGGCUUGGAGAAAUGGGCCGCCACCAUGGAAAUAUAGACAACUCAGACAUGUAAACACAGGCAAAUGGUCAUGUCCAUUGGUAUACAUAAUUAUAAUUUAUUGCUAGCAUACAAAAAUAUUUGUGGUCACGCGUAUCUCCGACCUUGAACCCACUCAUGCCAACUGGAAUC